AUGGAGAUGCGAUCAAUUCAUGCUCGAGAUCUACAGGCUUGGGGGCUCAACAUCUGCAGCAUGAUCCGUCCUCAUGGUCAUCAAAGUCUCAGCCGACUUUGGGAAUAUCGUGUAACGGUCUUCAACGUUGUUGGGAUUGUGCAAACGCUCUCAUGUGGAGCUAUUGACUUCCUCGACCUUUCUCAGCAGGUUCUAUUUCUCAGUCAAAAGGGCCAAGCAACAAGCGAGCGAACUUUACUGCAAUUUCUCCUGGAUCAUGGCUGCGAUUUAAAUGCACUAGAUGAGAAAGGGCAAAACGUCAUUUAUAACAAUACCAACACUAGCAGCUUGGGCAGGCAAGGCGGUGGUAAACAGCCUCAACAAAGACGGACUAAGUCCAUACCACCUGGUGCUGGGGAAGAGAUCUCGUCCUGGGGUAACGAAGACUUCGCCGACCUACUUGCUAGAAACGGCGCCGACAUCACAUUUCCAAUACCUCACGGGAGGCAUCGAGACUACCUGUUACAGAAGCUCGCCAAUUGGGAGGACGGAAACGACGGAGCCAUGAAAGCAUGA